GUGAAAGCCGUGGCCUGCCUUAGUAAAGCUUCCCACGUGACUAGGUCGCAAGCGUACAGACGUAGGCACAGUAGGUCUUAUGGUAUGGCUUGAAGCUACAGUAGGUGCUCAGAAUCCUGUCAGACAUAAUGACCUAAUGGUGGCAAGUGAAAUUACAUUUUCUAAAAGCAGAACUAUGGCCCUCUCUGGAGUGGCGAAGAUAACAGAUGGCCUAUAUCUCAGUAAUGCAUUUGCAGCCAAUAACAAAGCUGUUCUUACUGCAUAUGGUAUCACUUGUGUCAUCAAUGUCUCACUGGAAAAGUCAAGGAAUGUUUCACCAGAAAGAGAGUAUCUCCAUUUUCCUGUAACAGACACUCCCAGCUCCUUCUUAUUUGAAUACUUUGAUACUGUAGCAGACAAGAUCCACAGUGUGGAAGCCAGCGGGGGCCGCACAUUGGUCCACUGUUCGGCAGGAAUUAGUAGAUCACCUACACUUUGUCUAGCCUAUCUAAUGAAGUAUAAAAAUCAAUCCCUGCUUGUUGCACACAACUGGCUCAAGACGUGCAGACCUAUUAUUCGGCCAAACAAUGGCUUUUGGGAACAGCUCAUCCGCUAUGAAACAAAACUAUUUGGUAACAACACCAUCAGAAUGGUUAUUUCGCCUAUAGGACCAGUCCCAAAUAUUUAUUUAGAAGAAACAAAGAACAUGAUUACAUUUUGGAACACUAAAAUGUAACACAACAUCUGUAAGAAAAUGUUUCAGGAAUGAUAAAAUCUUGCUUUUCCCUUUAGCAUUCUAGAACAAUAAACCAUGUAGUAAAAUGAAA